ACUUGCGACUAGGUCCCUGGGCCUGAAGAAGGGCGCAGGCCGGAUCCUGGCCGUGGCAGUAGGCUUAACACGCGGAGCGGGGGCGACGUGCAGGAGGUGGAGCCGGCGACCCGCUCCGCUGUCAUGUCGCGCCAAGCGAAGGAUGACUUCCUGCGACACUACACAGUCUCGGACCCUAGGACCCACCCCAAGGGUUACACAGAGUACAAAGUAACCGCUCAGUUCAUCUCAAAGAAGGACCCAGAGGACAUCAAAGAGGUAGUGGUCUGGAAGCGAUACAGUGACUUCCGUAAGCUCCACGGGGACUUGGCCUAUACUCACCGAAACCUCUUCCGUCGCCUAGAGGAGUUUCCGGCCUUCCCCCGUGCCCAGGUGUUUGGUCGGUUUGAAGCCUCUGUGAUCGAGGAACGGCGCAAGGGUGCGGAGGACCUGCUGCGCUUCACCGUGCCCAUCCCUGCACUCAACAAUAGCCCCCAGCUCAAGGAGUUUUUCCGGGGCGGGGAGGUGACACGGCCCUCUGAGGUGUCCAGGGACCUGCGAAUCCUGCCACCCCCUCUCAUCCCCACACCACCUCCUGAUGAGGCCCAGCUACUCCAGCCGCUGCCUGCAGAAAGGAGGGGCCAGGAGGAGUUGGAGGGGCCAGUGGAUCCCCUCCCAUCCAGCCCUGCCCAGGAGGCCUUGGACCUUCUCUUCAGCUGUGACAACACCGAGGAAGCUUCCAGCUCCCCAGCUCGAGGUCCCCUCUCUGAGGCUGAACUGGCCCUUUUUGACCCUUACUCCAAAGAGGACAGUACAGGCCCCAGCCCUACCCAUACGGGUGAGCUGGCAGCCAUUGAGGUACAGUCCAAAAGGCUGGACCAGGAGCCCUGGGAGCCAGGAGGACAGGAGGGGGAAGAGGCUGAGGAUGGAGAGCCUGCCCCAGCUUACCUUGGCCAGGCCACAGAGCUCAUCACUCAAGCCCUGAGGAAUGAAAAGGCUGGUGCCUACGCUGCUGCUCUCCAAGGCUACCAAGAUGGGGUGCACAUCCUUCUUCAGGGCGUCUCAGGUGGGUAG